GGGCCAGAGUCCAACCAGGACUAUCCCCUUUCGCGGUUUUCCUCUCUCUCUCUCUCUCUCUCUCUCUCUCUUCCAACUCAACUCCUUCCAUGGAGGCCCCACCACUCUCCACUGCUCCUCCAACAACUCCCACCACCACCACCACCACUCCAUCGGCGGCGGCGCCCUACCCGGACUCCGCUGCCUCCUCCCCGCGCUCCCGCAAGCACGACUCCUGGGACGCUGAGCCUCCGCCGCCGCAGGCCGCCAAGCUCCGCCUCAUGUGCAGCUACGGCGGCCACAUCGUCCCCCGCCCCCACGACAAGACCCUAUGCUACGCCGGCGGCGACACACGCAUCAUCGUUAUCGAUCGCCACACCCCCCUCUCCGACCUCCACCACCGCCUCUCCAAAACCCUGCUCAACAACCAGCCCUUCUUCCUCAAGUACCAGCUCCCCACCGAGGACCUGGAUUCCUUAAUCACCAUCACCUCCGACGAGGAUCUCGAGAACAUGGUGGAGGAGUACGACCGCCUCCACAAUGCCGCCGCGGCGAAGCCCGGCCGCCUCCGCCUCUUCCUGUUCCCCAAGUCGCCGACGAGCAUCGAUCAGCUCCUCGUCCAGACCACGUCGAGCAAGCCGGAGGACUGGUUUUUCAACGCGCUUAAUGGAAAAUCGGGGAACCUGUCCACUGCUGCUAGCGAUCGCGGAUUCUCGGACUCGUCUUCGGUCAAUAAUCUGCUCGGAUUGGACGAUGAAUUCGCAGGGAAGGCGGCGGAGAAAGACGCCGAGCUCAAAAUUGAGGCGUCGAAAGUUGGGGGCGCUGCCAACGGAACCGCUCACGGCAAUUACGUGAUUAAUCAGGACGUGCACUCGGUUCCAGAUUCUCCGAUGCUCGAUACCACGUCGUCGUUCGGCUCCGCCUCGAGCUCUCCGUCCAUCCCGAAUUUGCCGCGUAUAAAGGUUCAUGUGGAGGAGAAUCGCAAGGUCGGAGGGUUGGGAAUUGAGGAGCAGUUUCAGCAGAUAAGUGUUAACCCGCCGUCGCAGAAGCAGGAGGAGGAAGAGGUUUUCAUGUCCGCCGGAGCAGCCGCCGGAGCGGCGGCUUCUCCGCUUCCGAUAGUUGUUGGCGGUGAGUAUCGGUUUAUUUCCGACGACGAGAGAUCGGAUCACGGCGGACAGAGAAAACUGCAGCAGAUUCAGCAGGCGCAGUUGCAAUCGCAGCAGAUUCCUCACUUUCAGCAGAAACAGACAAAUGCUUUUGAUUUGUCGUCUCCACAUUCGGUAUCAAGUGAUGGAAGUGGAGCAAAUCAAUUGUAUAGGCAGAGGCAAGCUAUUUAUCACCAAGAACAGCUCGUACAAAUUCAAUCUGGAAACAGCAGAACUCCUUCAAAUCCGGUUGAUUUCAACUCUGUGGAUCAAUCAAACGCCAAAGUUCAGAUGCAACCGCAGCUUCAAGAAUCCGGUUAUGUACUCAGCGGCCAAUUCGAUCAGAUUCAACCCGAGCUGCAUCAACCACAGCAGUUCAUUCACGCUGGUAACCAUUACAUCCCAUCUAAUGCAGUUCCAAUCCCGUCAUAUUACUCUGUAUAUCCUUCCCAGCCGCAGCCCCAUCCACACCAAGCCGUGCUUGAUCAGCAUUACCCUGUUUACUAUGUGCCUGGGACUGGUAGACCAAACCCACCUUAUAACUUGCCGAUGCAGCAACCUAGUUACGGUGAAUUAGGUCAAGCCGCACCUUCUAGCCACCCUCAAACGGCACCUGUAGCCUCGCAGGCAGCUUACAAUCAUGCCAGAAAUGUUCCUUCAUCCAAACCAGAAAUGGUUAGUGGUUUGUAUAGAACAGCUGCUACGGCAGCUCCUCAGACGGUCCAAGUGCCCGCAAGCCAAGCUCAAUAUGUCGGUUAUCCUCCAAUUCAUCAUUCAUCAAAUCCGAAUUAUGCUUAUGAAUUCGCUGAUCCAGCCCACGCGCAAAUGUACUACACCCCGUUGCCACCUCAAUUGGCUGCUCAGUACCAGACCAUGAAAUCGGCCCCUGCUAUGGCUGGAAAGGAUGCAUCUGCACCGCUCUCAGCUGAGAUGGUCCAGCAUGGUAGCCGGUAGGGGUUUGCAGCCGUUUCAGGUGAGCUGGGAAUGGAUGUACAAUUUUGCAGCAGCUGGUUUGGUCUAUCUUUGAAGCUUAUAAUACAGUGUUCCAAUGAUCUUGCACUCUUCUUUAUUGAGGAGGUCCUAGUGAUAUUUUCUUAUUGGGCUGUGAUGUGUAAUUGUAAUAGUUAAUAAUAUACUCUGGUCUUUGUCUUAAUUCUGUGUAUGUUAUGUUAUUGUUAUCAAGUGAAAAUGGGGUGCUACCUGAUAUCAUACUGUAAAAAUUGCACCACAAAGCCACAUUGUCCUGUGUAUAUGAACAUAUUUAUGGAUCAUUGGAGAAAAAAUGUGUUUAGUCAAA